UUUGACCAAGAACUUAAGAAGCGUUGCUCAACAAUUUCAUUCCUUUUGUUUCACUGUUAAUCUUCCUUCUUAAUUUUGCAAACAUUUUACGCAGUUUAUCUUCACCUUAGCUCUGCUGCUUUGAAAAAUGGUUUUUCGUUGUAGAGGAUUCUCUCAUAACGUACUAGAGCAGGGCCCCUGCGGAGUCAAAAACAGAAACCCACCUAAGGCUGAGAUGAAAGAUAGAGAUAAGAAAAAGGGUACUGAAACAAAAUUGAAGAAGCGAAUACUGCUGCAAGAUGAGAAUGAUAUGUCGGAUGAGGAAAGGAAAGAGAGUAUAAUUGUUCUGAAGAUGAAAUUAUGCUGUGAUUCUAGCAAUAAAAAACUCAACAAGUUAUUGAAGGUCAAGGGUUUAGAAAUGCUGUCCAUGGAUGUAGAGAGAGAUUUAGUCGUGGUAAAGGGCGCAAUGGAAGUUACAGAAUUCAUAUCUUAUAUCCAAAACAAACUCAAGAAGGACAUUGAGGUGGUGAAUAAUGCAGCAGUCAUGUUUCCCAUCAAGACAGAAAAUGGUGCUACCUGUAUUAAAGAUGAACUCACAGGUAGAGACAGGAAAAUAAUCAAGGAUGAUGGUGCUAUGGUAAAGAGUACAAUGGUGUUCUUGAAGAUCAGAUUGCAUUGUGAUCAUUGCAUUCAAAAAAUCCGGAGACUCAUUCUGAGGAUCAAAGAACCCGCAGGAGUGGAGAGGGUAUCGAUAAGCGCAGGUGAAAAUCUAGUAGUGGUGGAAGGCACCAUGAAUGUGGAAAAAUUGACACCUUAUUUGAAAGAGAAAAUCAAAAGAAGCGUGGAGAUUGUUCCCAUUAAAAAAGAAAAUAGCAAGGAAGACAAAGAAUUUUAAUUUAGAAGAUGAAGAGCAUUGCAAUUGGAGAGGAGCAGAGUAAUGUAGAAAAGAUUUUGGCUCAAGUUUCAUGUAUAAAUAAAAAUUCCAGCUAAAGCUUUUUUAUAAAGAUUUUAUUUUUGAUU